AUGGACAGUAGUGCUAAACCGGAUCGAAAGCAUCCCCGUCAAGGGGCGAGCAUCCUGUCGAAAUUAAUAUUUGCCUGGAUGGUGCCAUUGUUGUAUCGUGGAUCGCGGAAAGGACUGAAUACAGAUGAUCUAACUGAAUGCCUAAAGGAAGAUCAUUCGGAGCCGCUGGGCGAUCGAUUGGAAGAGGAAUGGCACAAGGAGCUGGAACGCUCACGUGGCAAGUCGCGGAAGCCUUGUCUGCGAAACGCCUUGUUUCGAUGCUUUCUGUGGCAAAUGAUCGUCAAUGGGAUCUUGAGCUUCGUCUUCGUAGUGAUUAAAACUCUGAUACCCGUCGUACUUGCUCAGUUGUUAUUUCAAUUCGAAAAUUCGACUUCCAAUGUUGCGAAAAAAAACUUUUCCGAGUCGAUAAACCUCACUGGGAUAACCCUUGGAGCACCUUCAGGUGAUGGGAGCUCACCUUAUUCCGCAUCAGACUCGAGUCUAACCGAAUUGAAUAAAUUCGAGGAGGCGAUAUUGUACAUUUGGAAUGAUAUGUAUUAUCUCGGAGCCAUGAUGGUGAGUUUUACGCUAGCUUGCUGCUUCCUGAUUCACCACCUGGACUUAAGCCAACGGCUAAUAGGAGCUCGAAUGCGCAUAGCUUGCUCUUCCCUAAUUUACCGAAAGACCCUCCGACUGUCCAUGAAGGCGGCAGGUCAAGCCCCAGCAGGAUACCUCAUCAAUCUGCUUUCCAACGAUGUAAAUCGACUCGAUAACGGCUUUGUUUUCAUGCAUUGGAUAUGGAUACUACCAAUCCAAGCGGUGCUUACUGCUUAUAUUAUUUGGUUGCACAUUGGAGUCCCAGCCUUAAUUGGUGUUGUCGGGUUGUUGUUGACCGUGCCCCUACAGUCGGCAUUAAGUAAACUCACCUCGGUGUUCCGGAUGCGGAUUGCGGAGCGAACGGACGCUCGAGUGGGAUUCAUGAACGAGCUGGUGCAGGGCAUACAGGUAAUCAAGAUGUACGCCUGGGAGAAACCCUUCCAGGCGGUCGUCGCCGAAGCCAGACGAUGCGAAAUCCAACAGAUUCGCUACGCGUCAUACCUGCGUGGAUUCUACCUCAGCACAAAGGUUUCCACAGACCGUUCCACUUUAUAUAUUACUCUGGUUGCGGCCGCUCUUAUGGGACAGACAAUCUCGGCAGAUUUUGUAUUUUCCGCCGUCAACUACUAUUGCAUCCUCCAAUUGGUGGCUGUCAAUUGGUAUCCCUCUGCAGUAACCUAUGGAGCCGAGGCUUUGGUGUCUCUGCGUCGUAUCCAGGAUUAUCUGCAAAUGGAAGAUCGAGAUGAGAAAGUGACACACAAAAGAGAACAAGAUAGUGGAGAUCCUCGAGCUAUUGCCCUUAAGGAUAUAAAUGCAAGCUGGGAUUUGGAGAAACCCCAACCCACGCUUCAGAAUUUCAAUCUCGAGAUCGAAAAGGGUCAGCUCUGUGCCGUCAUUGGCCCGGUUGGAGCUGGCAAGAGUUCGUUGUUCCAGUUGCUUCUCGGUGAGCUUCCCAUCGUCGAUGGCGGCGUUGUCAUGCAGGGAGACCUUUCCUACGCCUCUCAGGAACCUUGGCUCUUCACUGGCACCGUACGGAAUAACAUUCUCUUCGGUGAGCAAUACGAUCGUAAGAGAUACAAGGAGGUAACCCAAUGCUGUGCUCUCACCACGGACUUCCAGCAGCUAAGCAACGGUGACAAAACAAUUGUAGGAGAGCGUGGAGCAUCCCUCUCCGGAGGUCAACGUGCUCGUAUCAGCCUGGCUCGGGCUGUCUAUAAACCUGCAUCCAUUUACCUGCUGGACGAUCCUCUAAGCGCGGUAGAUGCUCAUGUCGGUCGACAUCUCUUUGACGAGGUCAUUGGACCACGUGGACGUCUGGCCCAACAGAAGGCGACCCGUGUCCUGGUCACGCAUCAAGUGCACUUUCUCUCCGAGGCCGAUUGGAUUGUGAUUGUGGAUCAAGGUCGAAUCCUAAGGCAAGGCACAUAUCAGGACCUUAUCAACAGUGAACUCGACUUUGCCAAGCUACUAGAGCGUCCCAAGGAGUCGGAAUCACCAAAAAGUGUAGGGAACUCGUCGUCCAAUACCACACUUAGUGCCCACGAUGAGUCGGAGGAGGAUGAUGAAAUACCCUACAUCGAUGGCGUGCGCGAUGGGUAUCAACCACUGCGAAAGCUGAGCAAGUCCAUCCAUGGAAGCAAAUCGAUGGUCAUAGAUAAAGUCGAAGAUGAAAUGGCCGAGGCACAGGCUUCGGGAGGUGUCUCAGGUCGUGUGUGGUAUGAGUACUUCCGUGCGGGCAGCACUUUACUCAGCUUCAGCUUCAUGGUGUGCAUCAUGUUGCUGUCCCAGGUUGUUUGCAGCAGUUCAGAUUACUUUUCCAAUAUCUGGACACAGCAGGAACACUUGAGAUCCCAGGGUGAAUCCACCAGUUUUACCACUUUUGAGUGCAUGUAUAUUUAUGGAGGUCUCAUCAUCGCCGUCGUGGUGAUGACAACAUUCAGAGGAUUUCUGUUCUUCAAGACGUGCAUGCAUGCCUCAAAGGUGUUGCACGAUCGAAUGUUCAUCAGUAUACUCCAUGCCACGAUGCGGUUUUUUGAUAUGAAUCCCUCAGGUCGUAUUCUCAAUCGGUUCGUCAAGGAUAUGGGAGCCAUUGAUGAACAGUUACCGCGGGUCUUAAUGGACACUAUACAGAUUGCUCUAAGUGCAUUUGGUAUAUUGAUUGUUAUUAUUGUGGUUAACCCCAUGUUGAUAGCGGCCAUGCUGAUGGUGGCUAUCAUCGAUAUGUUCAUUCUAAAGCUCUACUUGCCUCCAUCGCAGGAUUUAAAGAGACUGGAGGGAAUUUGUCGCAGUCCCGUCUUCUCGCACUUGAGUUCAUCCUUGAUGGGUCUGUCGAUUAUUCGGUCACGACAGAUGCAGGAGGUGGUUGCCAAAGAGUUCGAUCUUCUCCAGGAUGUGCACAGCAGCGUCUGGCAGUUGACCAUGACGGCAACUAUGGCAUUGGGACUCUGGAUGGACUGUGUCACUUCCGCUUUCCAAACCGCCGUCACCUUCAGCUUUAUCAUAGCAAGCGAGACUACAUACAGCGGCAAUGUUGGCUUAGCUAUUUCGCAGGCUAUGGCCCUCACAGGCUUGGUUCAAUAUGGGGUCCGCCUUGUGGCCGAAUCCUUGCAACAAACGACAAGCGUGGAGCGUGUUCUGCAAUAUACGGAAUUGGAACAGGAGUCGUCUCAUCCAUUGGGUAAGGAGCCUUCACAACAGUGGCCCACUCAUGGUCAGGUUGAACUGCGCGACAUGAGCUGUCGCUAUGAUCCCAAUGGAUCAGCCGUCCUUAAGCAUCUCAGCUUGACCAUUGAGCCAGGCUGGAAGGUGGGCAUUGUGGGUCGCACAGGAGCAGGCAAAUCUUCUCUGAUUGGAGCACUCUUUCGUCUGGCAUAUAUUGAGGGAGGCAUCUACAUUGAUGGUAUCGAGACGGGCAGCAUCUCGUUGGAAACUCUGCGCACUCGCAUCUCCAUCAUUCCACAGGAUCCUGUGCUCUUCUCGGCCACCAUUAGAUACAACCUUGAUCCCUUCGAGCGCUACAGCGAUGCGGAAUUGUGGCGAUCUCUCGAGGAUGUCGAGCUACGAUCGGCCAUUCCUGGUCUGGACUUUAUGGUAACAGAGCGAGGCAGCAACUUCAGUGUGGGACAGCGACAGCUCCUCUGCCUGGCACGUGCAAUCCUUCGCAACAACAAGGUCCUGGUUCUGGACGAAGCCACAGCCAACGUGGAUCCACAAACGGAUUCCUUGAUUCAACGCACGAUUCGAGUCAAGUUCCGUCAUUGCACAGUGCUCACUGUAGCUCAUAGAUUGCACACUGUCAUGGAUUCGGAUCGAAUUAUUGUCAUGGAUGCUGGAAAUGCGGUGGAAUUCGAUGUACCCCAUUUGCUGUUGAAGAAAUCCCAUGGAGUACUGAGACAGAUGGUCGAGGCAACAGGAGGGGAGUCGGAUGCACUGAAGAAGAUGGCCAGCGACUCCUUUAAGCGAAUGCAGCAGUUAAGCGUAGUGGAUCGAGCAGAACAGAAGCCAGAGCAGGAGUAGGAGGAAUAAAUAGAUAACUUGUAAAAACGGUUCUGAUUCACAAUACCCAAAAAUACAAACAUCCUUUUUUUUGGAUU